AAAUUGAUAUCUGCAUAAAAGCAGAGUUGCGAAGUAGAGUUGUCGAUAAGCAUUUACAAUUUAUCAGUUUAAAUCAUGGCGCAGAUAGCUACGUACGUGUUUUUAGAUCUAGAGACUACGGGUCUCCCAAAAUUUGAAAAUAAUGAAACCCGAAUUACUGAGUUAAGUAUGGUGGCAGUGAAAAGACAACACCUUCUAGACACUCGGCCGGGGGCUGUACCGCGCGUGCUUGACAAACUGUCGAUGUGUUUCAACCCUGGAAGAUCGAUUCAGCCCGAUAGCACCAAAAUCACUGGACUCAGCGAUGAUCUUCUGGAGCACAACACACAAUUCAACUUGAAUGUAUUUAAUACGAUUAACUCGUUUCUACAGUGUUUAGAGAAACCGAUUUGUUUGAUCUCGGAAAAUGGCCACUCAUUUGACUUUCCGAUCUUGAAAAAUCACUUUGAGAAGCUCGGAGUACAAUUACCGGACGAUAUCUUAUGUGGAGAUAGCCUCUAUGCGUUCUAUGAUAUACUUGAGGCAGCUAAAGAGGCAGGCAGUACUGAAGGAAACAGUUCACUUGUCAAUAUUGAUCAGUCCGCAGAAGUUUCAACAAAAAGUGAGGAACAAAGUCCAAAUGUUGAAAGUUCACAAUCUAAAAAACCUAUAACAGAAAAUGAAAAUUUGGAUGGACCACCAAAACAGAAGAAGUUUAAACGCAGGAUAUAUUUUGAAAACAAGCCAAAACCUACCGUGUCUUAUAAGCUCAAGGAUAUAUAUGAGAGAGUGUUGAACCGUCCUGCAAAUGAAGCUCACCGAGCUGAGAAUGAUUGUCUCAUGAUAAUGGAAAUAGCCAUUGGUUUAAAAGAACAGUUUGUGGAGUAUAUGGAUGAUGAGAAAAAUCACUGCAAGUUCAAUGAAGUGAAGGCUAUGACACCAGGUGUGAAACUGGGAGACUAAUUUGGUGCUAAUAGUUUUUUAAGGUGGAAACUAAUCCAAUGACUUUGUCUUGGGCGAGGCGAGAGAGAGUGUCAGACCCUUACUGACUAAAAACCAUGCCGUUCCUACUCCUGCUUUUCCAGACCGACCCCUGGUAACCCGCUAGGUAGUCCGCAGCUGUGCUAGUAGGUGGUACUGUUGUAUUUCUACAUAAUUUUAAUUUACUAUUAUUAUUUUAUCAUAUAAUUUUUUUAUGAAGAUAAUUAUUUUGAUAAGUUUUUGAUGAAACGUUUAGGAGUUACGUGGCACAAAUCAUGAGAACAAUGUAUGUUUAAUGUGAAAUAUUUUGUUAGGUACUUCUUUGGGUUGUAUUAUUGAAGAAACAUUAAAAUUUUGACCUAUUUGUAACUAUAAUAAAACCAUACUUUGACACAAUGGUUAUGACUUUAAGGCACCUUUUUUUGUAACUUAUUUAUUCGAAAUUACAAGUAAUUAUUUUAAACUAAACCUACAGUAAAUGAAAUUGUCAAACACAAAAAAAAAUUGUAUUAUAAACACCAGGUGCAUUUAUAUGUAUUUUUAUAUCUUUUUAAUUUAUUGGUCUUCUGGUCAAAUGGCAACAUGAAAAUGUUUUUAAUGUAUUCAUUAAAAAUGUUUGUAUUAGGUACAUAUUAUUAUGUUUUGUAUUAAGUAUCCUUUUUAAUAUUUUCUUUUUUAUUAAUUUUUAAGUAAAUGUUUGCAAUAUUGAAUAAACUUAUAAGGUGAUAAUUAUGUAAGUAUUAUACCUGCGGUAGAUACAUACAUAUGGAUAUAUUUUGACUGUAAUAAUUUUUGAUCUCUUGAUAUACCAAAAUUCUAAAUUAUUCUUGAACAAAUGAAAUGCAACUUUAUUUGCUAUUGCAUAGAGUAGAAUAUUUUAUUGAUUUACAAUGGUUGUAAAACUCUUGUAUUAAUAUAAAUUGUGUAACCCAUAAUUCUACACUAUAUGCUAUAUAAUUUUACUAUAAUUCAUGUUUAUUUUUUUAUCAAAAUAAAGUUUUAUUAUACUCAACUGACUUUCAAUUAGUUUUGUACCUAUCUUAAUAUUUGUGAGAUUGUGUGUUGGUGUGUAUAUUUGCCACUCAAUCACAUCAAAAAGGAUUAGGAUAAUAUUUGGAACGGGGAGUGUGUGUGGUUUGGAACAACACAUAAGCCCCUUUUUUCCUACAGGUACACAAACAAAGCCGCAGGCAAAAGCUUGUUUAUAAUAAAAUCAAUCUAUAUAUUCUUUGAUAUGCUUGGCAAACCUGAAGAUAAUGAUAAACCCCUCUUAUGUAAAGGAGGCCCUUAAGACCUUUUUUUGUGAUUGGGGAAAAUCAGCCAAUGACUUCUCUCGCCUUAGUCGAGGCGAGAGGGAGUGUCUAACUCUUACUAAGAACCACCCCGUUCCUGAUACAUUUGGGUAGUAUCCUCGGUCAAAAAUAAAUUAUUACAACUUUUCAAUACAAUAAAAUAUUAAAAAAUAAUCACACUCUCAUUCAUAAAUUUGAUGAACUAUUUAAUUUUCGAUUUUUUCUAGCUAAAUUUCUAGAAAUAAGUCUGCUAUUUGACGUCAAAAACUUAUGACGUCAUAACGCACUAUUUCAUACAAAGUUCAUAGAAAAUAUCGUUUUUGACGUUUCGAAAAAAGUAUUGAAUUUGACUAGUAGGAAAGUAGCCUAUU